AUGUUUACUUUGAAAAAAAUCACCUGUUGAAGUGCAACUGUGCAAGUGAUAAGAAGGGUGUCUUUGUUAGUCAAAAACAAAUUAUAAGAUGCUUGGUGGGUGCCAAAAGUGGGGUAUCCUGCAAACCAUUAUUUCAAGAGCUAUGCAUAAUGACAUUACCCUCUCUGUAUAUAUAUGAGGCGGCUAACUAUGUCAGAGGGAACCUCAACAAAUUUCGUACAAACCUAGCCAUUCACGGGAGAUGUACAAGAUUCGGCAAGAAGUUACUAUUACCACAACAUCGAUUAAGGCUAACUGAUGCCAGUUUUAAGUGUAUGACGAUUAGGAUCUAUAACAAACUGCCCAAGGAGAUAAUAGAUGCACCAACAAAAGCGAGCUUCAAAGAUAGAUUAAAGCACAUGUUAAUCCAAAAUUGUUACUAUAAUAUAUCUGAUUUUCUGUAUCAAUAGCUAGCUUUUUCCAAUAAUUUAAUCGACGUAUCUCUUACUUUUGUUUUCGUGUAUGGGAUCAAUAAACGUAAAAAAAAAAAAGAAAAUCAAGAGAGAUUGUGGAAGAAGUGCCGCAAUGACUGAAAGGAAUUGGGAUGCGAAUCGUGGUAACCAAUAAGGGCCCCCCCUGUCGCAUUUUGUAAAAUGUUUACGACGAGAGUGUCUUUUUACUUGGUGUGCUUAUGACUAGCUAUCCUCGUUCGUAAAGAUGGCAGAUGUCAGAGAAGAGAUGUCAACGAGGGUAUUUACAGUGGAGAUCGGUACCCAUUGCUUGGCACCAAGCCAAAUGAAAGUAGUAAAGUUGGUAGUGCUGCCACGGGUAAAGGUUUCGUCAAACUGACGCAGUGGAACUGUUUGUACAGCUAAGAAAUGUAGGUCUAGCGCACAGAAUGAAGUUUAACGAAGUAACGCAGAAUUGACAGUCUUCCCGGAAGUACCAGGAUAUACAAUGAAAUCGUCACAAUCGUAGUAUGAAUGCGUUCUGCAAGUCAGUGAUCAUUGAUCUGUAUUAAACAUCGAAUUGAACGCAGCUGACAUAACCUACUUCAACGGAUUAAUAUGAAGGGUAGCAAAAUGACAGAGCCCUAUCGUGCCUGAUAAAUAAAUUGGAAACUAAUAUACUACAGCAAGUUGUUUUAUUAUAAACCGUCGAUACUAAGCUAGGAAGCUAUUCUGUCAAGAAUUUGACACCUGGUUUAUCAAAGACCUUCCUUUCCCUACCCCACAGACUUGCGGUGUUAUGGUUCGUGGUCCUUUUUUAAACGUUAUGAUGUAGUUUUUAGCGAUACCUGACUAGCCGUUCGUCUACCUCCUAGUGUGUCCCCUGGUAACGAUCUCAACGCUCCCAAUGGAACUCUGAUGAGAUUUCCGAAUGACAGUAUGGCGAACCAAAUCCAAGUCAGGGUAGAAGAGCUGACGCCGAGAGGACUUCCUGGCCAAGGGGGAACUUGGUCAUUGGACAGCAAACUCUGGGUUACCGAGCGCCUCUCAGUUUCAAGUAGCCUUCUGAUGGUAAGGGGAAACUGCCAGACCCCGUUGAAAAGCUCGUGGGAGCGCCGAAUUGGACUUAAUACAAAAACCACUCAAGCUGUAACGGAGAACUCGCUACCUACAAUCAUCACUGACCAAGGAUUGUCCGACAUCAAGAGGGCCUUGUUGGGGUUCUGACGAAAAUUUAGUUUACCUGCUUACCUAUUGUAAGUAGGUAAAUGUUAAUGCCAUGUUAUCAAGAUGAAUUUUGUUAUCUACAUUUCAAGUACCUACAUGGCUAUGAAUUCCUUGAGGAAUUCCUAGAAUAUGCCAAAGGCGAUAGGAAGAAACUGUUUCGCAAUAACGUUACAGACUAAUAUUGACCUACGGUAGAGAGAGUUGGGUGCUGAACGAAUCACAAAAAACCAGACUACGAAGCUACAGAAAUGAAGUAUUAGCAAAGGGUAAAGGGAGUUGGUGGAAUUCUCAGUAAGAAGAAAAAAGAAGUGACAUAUACUUAAACAUUUCAAUCUGAGAAAAAAUUAACAGACAUUGGUGUUCCCCAGGGUUCGGUGCUGGGUCCCAGAUUAUUUCUCUUCUACAUCAACGACAUUUCUCCUCACCUUGGUGUCGGUAUAGCCCACUUCCUAUACGCGGACGAUACCUCCCUAUUGCUUUCAAAUAAGAAUGAGACACAACUCGAAAAAUUAUGCAACGAGAACCUUGACAAACUACACAACUGGUUCAGCAACAAUUCGCUGGUAUGGAGGGAAGACUAAUUUUGUUAGAUUUCAUAACUUUCAAAAACCAACAAAUAUAUUGACUUUAAAAAUACAGGGUGAAGAGGUGCAGCAUGUACACGAAACCAAAUUUUUGGGACCACAUAUUGACCACAAUAUAAAUUGGAAAAAGCACUGUGAGAAGCUGGCUGCUAGGCUGAGCUCCUUAAAUUAUCCGUUUAGAAAUCUAAAAAAUGUUAUAACACUUGCGCAAUUAAUAAACAUUUACCAUGCUCUGGUGGGCCCUAUCCUUCGAUACGGCAUAUGUUUGUGGGGCACAUCUACUUACUCUCACGAAGUUCUUGUUGCACAAAAAACGCAUUGUUAGGACGAUUGCGAAUGUUCCAAAAAUUCAUACAUGCAGGAAUAUUUUCAAACAAUUCAACAUUUUAUCUUUAACCAACUUAUACAUUUUAGGAACAUGCAAACUAAUUUUCAGAUGCUCACAUACAUUAAAUAAAAACAAAGGCAUUCAUAAUCAUAAUCGACAACGACUUUUACAGAAUUCCGCACACCAAAUAACAUUGGCUUGAGCUCACCCUUUGUACUGGGAGUAAAAAUGUUUAACAAAUUACCCGAACCCGAACAACUUAAAUGCUGCAAUACACUAAAUAACUUUAAUAAGAGAUUACUUCUAUACUUAAAUAAUCACUGUUUUUACAAUAUCAAAGAGUUCCUUGAACAUGCUUAACUGUGAUAUUAUUUGUCUCUUAGUAAUUAUAUGUGUAUUUGACAUGUCCUAUACGUACCACGGUCCAUGGAAUAAAAAUAUUAUUAUUAUUAUUAGCAAUGGCUCAACUUGCCUGACAGUUUAUCGCGACACUUAUUGCUCACAGUGUAAAUACAUAUGUGCAAGUUUCUCCCGGGAGAUUGUCGCAAGUAACAUGCUAGUGUAUCUGCGCCUUAAGAAGUUAACGCGAGAUAGGAAAAAAUGGAGCACAAUAGUUUAGUAGCUUGGUUUAUAGUGACUUAUCUGGUAGAAUAUGUUCAUUUAUUUUCAGUACACCAUGAUGGUAGAAGGGUUUUGAUUAUAAUAAAUACCUAAUAACGUUACAAUCCUUGUUGUUUAUUCCAUAUUAUGCUGUAAAGGAUCGUGACGGUUGCUUUCAAGUUGGGGCUAUAAUGUAACUGGAAUUCACUGAUGACCGAAGGCUUUAUUAAUUCGAGCGCCUUGCAGCAAAUUCAAAUUUUAGCGCGCUUGCGUUUGCGCAGUACCGAGGGAGUCAAUGUGCAACACAUCUAAAAGUGUCUUGUUUGACACUUGACAGUUGACACUACAAAGUUGCGAAAAAUAAAAUGGUGAAUCACGUUGAAAUUUGGGAAACAGUGCUUUUUACCUAUAAAUAGUUAACUUUUAAAAAAGAUGGAAAUGAUUCCCCUUACAGAGAAUGGAGAAGAAAGGGAAGAAGGCGAAAUAAUAGACGAUUUGGAAGAUGUAUCCGAUAGCUCCAUGUUUCCAGGCUCACCUGAGGAUUGCGGUAAGUCUGUAUCUCCCCCCGAACUUUUAAGUGCCGUUUGUUUGAGCAGCAGCCUAAGCAGUAAUGAUUACUAUAGAAGAAAUUCUUAUGACGACGAGACGGUUCCGUCUCAUAAUAAUAAUAAACAGUGGAAACAUAAAAGAAAACGGGCAGUCAUUCGCGAUCUCAAACGUAGAAAUUUUCACAUGCGACACCGUCGCAGAGUUCCCAUCGAAAUACUUUCCGAUAGCGAUACCGACUACGUCGAUCCGAAUUACGCGAAACAGCUAAAAGACGCUUUAAAGAGGGAAAGCCCUCAAGAGUUACAUAAUAGUUUGCGAACACGUCUCAAAGGUUUCAUCGAACCAGGCUCGGAUGACGAAAAUGCGUUACGUAACAUAGCGUUGCACUCGACAAAGGUUGAGAUAUUAGAGAAAAACGAGUCGGAAUCAAACCCUAUCGUUAAUCUUGAUAAGGACUUGAUCAAAGAAAACUUCGAAGAUCACGAGCUUUACCAACUCAGAAUGGACGCGUUAAAGUCGGUGGUAAUGGAAAAGCAUGAACAAAGGAAGAAAAAAAAUGCUAAAUUAAAUCCCAAUUUGAAGCAAGAACCUGGCGACAUCGAUAAAGAAAACGAUCGAAAUAACGAUAACGAACUUAAUUCCCUUAAACAAAUUAGUGAAAGUAACGACAAUUGUGAUACGGUGCAACAGGUCGAAACGAAUCUUGAAAAGACCGCCGAAGGUGAAGUAAUGGACGAAGAUGUCGACAUAUUACGCGCAAUGUUAUUGGCGAAUAUGUCGAAAUCAUUGGCCACUAAAUUUCCGACCGCCACCAACGCGACGAAGGAGCUUCCUGUGGUAAAGAAGAUGGCGGCCGGCCAAGCUUGCGUAGCUAACCAUAUGAUUAUAAAACCGUUGAUUAUAAAUGUGAACGAUUCGGAUUCCGACGGUAUCGAAGGGUACGACAAUUCUAUCAAGGCCACCGUUACGCAAUUUUUGAAACAGCAAAGGGCCGAGGCCGAGGAGAAGGUGAAAAAGAAGGAAACCAGUCUAAAUAAAUCGGACGACUCUCUCAUGGACAAAUCCGUUCUGAAACUGCUGCCUCGAUCUCAACAGUUAGAGUAUAGACAAUUGAAGCAACGUCUGAUUAACGCGAGGAAGAAGAACAAACUGAGGAGGUCCUCGCAAAGGGUGUCCGAAAGUAAGCGCGAGCAAACGCCCGUUGUUAAGAAGGUGCCAAAAGUGUCAUCGAACAAUAGUCCAAUUAUUAAAGUUACCAAAAGUGUUCAGGAACGUAAGAAUACUCAGUCAAGUACUAACCUGCAGAAGACUCUCAACGAAUUACAAAUUAGAAAAAAUGGAAGAUUACAGAUGAAAGGUAAGUACCGCUCACUGGGCGUACUUUUGCAUAAAAUAAAUCAAGCUAGUAAUGUAAGAAGUCAGUACGAAGUCGAAGUAAAAAAACAACUCCACGAACUGCAAAAGUUGCGAAUUAAACUGGCGACGUCCCACGAGAACUUUACGAAUUUGGUGCAGCAGCUCGUCAGGGAGAAGCAAGUCAUCGAUCAACGUACAUAUAAAAUUGUUAAGGCGCCCGCGCCUGUUACCGUUCCCGUUACGUCAACGCCAAAAUCGACGACUAAAAGUAUAGUACAAAAUUCCGUGCCAAUUCCCACGCCUACGAUCGAAAUUGAAAAGGAAUUGUUAGAGCCUAACGACGUUACAAAGGUGUUUGUUAAGGAACCCGAUGCGAUGCCAAAGUAUAUAUCUCCACUGGAUAACAGGUGCACAAAAGAUGGAAUCGGUAUUAACGACCCGUUAAUGACACUGUGUCCGUAUGACGUUUUAGGAACAUGUAAGGAUAAAGAAUGUCAAUAUAUGCACUGUGCAUGAUCUCAAGUAACUUAUUUUCUACUUUACUUGUUGCCAUAUUUUAGGUUUUAGUUUGUCUUUUUUUUCGCUCUUAAGAACCAGUUUUUUUUUUUAUUUGAAACGACAUUCAAAUCUCUUGUAUAUUUUUGUAUGGUUAAAAAGGAUAAUAAAACGAUAAUUUGUACACUA